AUGCCGCGUCCACCGUCCCCCUCAAUACCGGAAAAGGAGUUCUUCUACGGCGCGCUCAAGCAGUCUCUGCGUCUUGAUGGGCGUGCCAUGUUGGAGAUGCGUCCGCCCAUCCUCCACUUCGGCCCAGAACUCGGUUGGGUCGAGUGCGCGAUGGGCAAAACACGUGUCCUCGCGCAGGUAGAUGGUAAGAUGGUCCGCCCCCCACCCGAACGGCCUCUCGAAGGCAUGCUCACCAUCCACUCCGAGCUCUCCCCGAUGGCAGCAAACGAGUACGAGCCCGGACGGCCGUCGGACCAGGAGGUGACCCUCACGCGUAUGCUCGACAAGGUCCUCCGGCGGAGCGACGCGGUGGACAAGGAGAGCCUAUGUGUGCUCGCGGGGCAACGGGUGUGGCACAUCCGGCUCACGAUCCACGUCCUCGCCGACGCGGGGAACAUGGUCGACUGCGCGUGCCUCGCCGGCAUCGUCGCCCUGAAGCAUUUUCGAAGGCCGGAGGUCGAAGUCGAGGGCGAGGACGUCACGGUGCACCCCCCAUCAGAACGCGCCCCAGUCCCCCUGUCUAUGCCCCACACGCCAUUCGCCUUCACGUUCGCGUUCUACCCCGACCCGGAGACCCCACCGCUGCUCGACCCAUCACACCUCGAAGAAACGCUGAGCGAGGGGCUGCUCACCAUCGCUCUCAACGCGCAGCGGGAGCUCUGCGUGGUCCAGAAGGCGGGCGGGACGCCGCUUGCGCCCGACGACGUGCUGCGCGUCAUGGACGUCGCCGUGGCGCGAGCGAAGGAACUCGACAAAAUCGUGGAGGCCCGGCUCGCGGAGGAUUGGAAGGGGAGGAAUGUGGAAGUGCGGUAG